UCUAAUCACAGAUCUGACUGUAAAAUGCGUAAUUUAAUGUCAAAUGAUUACGUAAAAUAUUGGAGUAUUAUACUAGCAUCUAUUAGCAUUUUAGUAGCAAUGGAUUCCUGGGAGCUUAAGUCUUCAAAUAAAUCACUAUGUAGUAUAACUAAAGGAAAACAUUCUGAAUCUUUAUUAUGUCAUGGGUUACAAAAUUUGACUGAAGUCGAAGACAUUCUUCAGUUAGAUUUUCAUCUGAAGACGGUAAAAUUGGUGAAACUGACAAGUUGUUGGGCUGAGAAUCUUCCUUCAUCUGUGUUCGCAAACUGUACUGUUCUUCAGAUAUAUACAACAUGUCCAUUCAAAAGCAUAGACGAAAGUGCUUUCAGAACUGUUUUCAAACUGAAAUCUUUGAAUUUAACAAAAGCGAAAUUUCCCACAAUUCCAAGUGCUAUUGGUGAACUAAAAUAUUUAAAAUAUCUUUACCUAAAUGGUGGAAGCAUUACUUCACUACGUUAUGAAAUUCAGAACAUGACAAUGCUUACAGAAUUAUCCUUACAACAAAAUGCUGUUACAUAUAUCUCGAAGACGGCUUUUUCCCAAAACAGAUUUCUUCAAGUUAUCAAUUUGUCAAAAAACAAGCUGACGGUACUUGACCCCGGAGUAUUUGAUGCUUGCGCAGGAUUGCAAAAAAUAGACCUGGAAGCAAAUCUGCUGCAAACUGUCAAUGGCCUGUUCAAUAACGGAAAUUUAAAGUUCUUAAAUCUUAAAUCCAACCGAAUCGAAACCCUGGAAGGCGCUUUCAAGAACAACACUGCAAUGGAAAGAAUCAAACUCGAUGAAAACUUAAAUCUGCGGAACUUAUCAGACAAUACUUUCGCAGGUAAUAUGCGAUCUCUGAAAAUGUUGAGUUUUCAGAAAUGCGAACUCAAGGAGCUUCCUUCGAAAUUACUGCAACCAAUAACAAAUUUGCAAGAUGUUGAUCUCAGCUUUAACAAACUGCGGAUAAUACCUAAAGGAUUCUUCGAUAAUUUGCAGUACCUUCGUUCAGUAAACCUAAAAGGAAAUAUGAUAGAAACCAUGGGCAAUGUUUUUAAGAACAAUUCUUGUUUACAGAACAUAAUACUCUACCGAAACUGCUUGAAAAGUUUAGAAAAUAUAUUUCGAGAAACACCUUCAUUAGCAAUGGUGGAUCUGCGCGAAAACCAUCUACAAGCAAUUAAAAAGGAAGAUUUCUUCCAUACUUCCUCAGUCAGAAUAUUAAAGCUGAGCAGCAACAGUAUAUCUAUUCUCGAAGCAGAGGCUUUCACGGCUUUAGAAAAAUUACAAAACUUAACCCUUACUGGUAACAGAAUUUCUGCAUUAAACCGUUCCAUGUAUAUUCUUCCACAGCUGAAGAAUCUAAACUUGCGGUCGAACUACUUAAAAGAAAUAAGGGAUUCAGAGCUCGUUUCGUUGCCAAAUCUUGAAAGGUUAGAUCUAGGGAACAACUGGUUAAAUAAUGUAAAUGGAGCUUUUAAACACCUGAGCAGUUUAACAUCGGUAACACUCAGUUACAAUAAGCUGAUGGUUCUACCAAGAAGUACAUUUCCAAAGGACUUAAAACUGAAAAGUAUUCGAUUGUCAGGAAAUAAAUGGAAAUGCGAUUGCCGCAUGUUAUGGUUGCGACAAUGGGUAGACAUAACAAAGCCACAUUCUACAGUUCCAUCGCUUACUUGUUCUUCACCCGACAGGUUUAAACAGAGAAACCUGAGGCACAUCACAGAACAAGAAUUAAUCGACUGGCCAGAGAAGUGCCCAUCCUCUUGCAUUUGCACGUGCGUUGAAGAAGAUUCUGAGUUUUUCAUUAAAGUGGACUGUUCUAAUAGGAACUUGCAAAAGGUUCCAAGUAAUUUUCCAGAUAACAUGGGGCAGUUGGAUUUGCAAGACAACUCCAUUACAAAUCCCAUUAAAUUCGAUGUCGUAUCGCUUUCAAGUCUCAGGUCUUUAGAUUUAGAAAGGAACUUCAUAACGGUGUUAGAUUUCGAGUUACCUAAGAACUUAACGACGCUGAAACUUGCUGGUAAUAAUUUGACGAGAUUUUAUACAGUUUUCUACCCGUCAACCAAUAUUACCUGGACGCUGUCUGGGAAUCCAUGGACCUGUGAUUGCGAAACCGUCCGAUUCUGGGAAUGGAUGCAAGACCAGAAAGACAAAAUUAUUGACGUCAAUUCAACUAACUGCAGUAACACUGAAGGCAGAAAAGAAGUGAGAGGAAAAGUCAUCAUUACCCUGAGCAAAAAUGAGCUUUGUCCAGUAUCUCCUAUAGUAUAUGUGUUAACAGGAAUUGGAGUUAUCUUUAUCUUGUUUGCUAGCACGGCUGGUCAUUUCGCAUGUUCUCGUUAUCGGUACCACAUCAUAGUUUGGCUGUAUUCACGAGGACUUACGUUUCUUCGAAAAGAGAAUGAACAGGACUUUGGAAAGAUUCAUGAUGUUUAUAUUUCUUGUAGCAAUGAAGAUCUGCCAUUGAUUAAGUUACAUAUCUUGCCAGCAUUGAAAUCGAUUUACUCACUAUAUCUUCGUCAGAAAGAUUCAGUUGCUGGGGUUUUUGAACUUGGGCAACAGAUAGCAGAGCUAAUGAACAGCAAACGCGUCAUCAUACUGCUGUCACAGAACUACAUUAAUGAUCCGUUCUGCAUGGAGAUCUUCCGAACCGCUUUCGCGUCUAAUCUAGAGGAAAGAAUGUGGAGAAUAAUCCUCAUCAUUGAAGGAGAAUUGCCUCCAGCUUCCGAGCUCGAUCAGUCAUUGAGAGCUGUUAUCAAAUCCACUAAAUGCCUCAGAUUCGGUCAAAGACUUUUCCGAGAAAUGUUGCAGUAUUCAAUGCCGACUUCGAAUGUACAGAGACAUACUGAAGACAAUGCUGAUGUGGAUUUAGAUGUACCUCUGCUGAAUGCAUUCUAAUUAAAUUUACUUCUAUCUGCAUUUAUAGAGAACAAAAGAAUGUGUUUCAUUUGCAUAGUUUGAGAAGCAGUUCUAUGUUCAAAUUUUCACUUAAAAGCAAUGUUAUACCUGUGAAUCUUGUAAUAAUUUAAUUUUGACUGCUACAAGGUGUUAGUUUACUUUCCAUUGUAGUCUACACUUUGAUCUUAGCCAAAAGGCUGAAGUGUAUAUGAAGUGACAUCAUCUGGAACAGCAGAGUUCUUUCUGUUGUACACAUGGAGUUAAAAUAUUUUUUACCAUUCAGCGCGACGUCGGAUUUUGGGCAAAAAGGACUUGGGUUUAUUUGAUCAGAAACAUAUCUGGUUCAUACUGUAUGCCCUGACUUUACUGUUUUCGCCUAUUAAGAUGGUUUUACUGAGACAAAGAUUUCAGGCAGUUCAAAACGAAGCGAUGGCGUCUCUGUACAACUAUCAAAAGGGGUAUUCUGUCAAUGCUUCCAAGAAUUUCGCGAACCAUGGAGCAGGUAUGCGUGCUUUGAUUGAUGUCACUCCAAAGGUGAUUAGUAGACAGGUUUUUAGAUUUUAAACACAUCUGCUCUACAAGCAUUUUCAGCGAUAAUUUUGAACACACCUGUUGCAAAUACCCUCCUGUUUCAAAUUAGCUGUAGAUCAUAAAUGAAACAAUAAAUCACAAUUAAAACUGCUUCUUUCUGAAAAACAUAUUUUGAGUGUA